AUGAGGCCGACUUUAUUGCAAUUCAGAUCUCCCAAGGAAAGAACUCCAGCCUUUUACACCGCUACAGUAAUUCACAAUCGUAAACAAUCAUAGGUCACAACUGAUGGGAAAAAGCUAUUCAAUGAGAUUUUACAAAAAAGAGAGUCCGUUUCGAGAUAAUCUGAGGAGAGAGUCAACAAGCAACUUGCAAACAGCUCCCAAGAAUAAAAGAGGCCCACUACUACGACUCUAUAAAAUAGUUAAACGUCCUUACUUAACAAUCCUAAGAGCAACAUAAUGUUAAGCCCAGGAUCAUAUAGCUCACAUGUUAGUUUCGGGAAACUUGCAAAAGAACCAUGCAAUGCUAUUUACAAAAAGCAUAAUUAAGGUGCUUAGGGCGAAGGAAACUUAGUAUAUAUCGGCCAGAAUAUUAUUAUCGAUAAAGAAAUGAUAAGGAGAUUCCCAGGAGGUUCAAACUUCCAUCCCUAAAAAGAUAUUGGCUUUUAAUUGCCGAAGACUUUGAGAGAUAGUGAUUACCAAUCUACUUCGUAUUAGAAAAUAGUCCCUUCUUAGGAUGGAAUGGAUAUUAACAAACAAUCAAUUAGAAUUCCCUCAAGAAAUAAUAGACUAGAAGCUAGAAGAAACUAAGAGAAAAUCCCCAAGCUGAAUGAAUAUUCCAGAUAUAGAAAAAGAAUAAUCCCAAGAAAAGAUAUUCCAAUCAAGACCCCUAAGAAUUAAUAGACCGAUGACAGCUUUACCAAAAUCUAGCAUAUUGAAGAGGAGGAAUUAGCACAUAGAGAUAGCUAUUAAAGAACUUAAACUACUUAAGAGACUCCGAUUGUAGAAGUAGAACCUCAUAUUUUUACUAAAACUUACGAUAAUAGCAAAGUCAAGGCAUUUAAGAAGGCUUCAUUCGGAAACAGAAAUGCAAAUCAUUUGUACCAAGCCUCAACAAAGUUUUAACCUUCUUAAACCUAGUAUACUCACACAGGAUAUAUUAAUAAUACUCCAUUCCAAACAGGAGAAGAAUUUUACUCUCAAAGGAAAAGUGAAUUUAAAACUAUAUCAUAUCCUACCUCCGCAACUCCAUAUAGAUUUAAGAGGAAUUUAUAAUAGAGAGUUGAUGAUGAUUACUUUAAUCAAGUCGUUAGAAGGUAUAUGAGUUCAAUGCAGCAAAGUAAUAAUAAUAACGGCAAGAAAAAGAAAAACAGAAAAAGAAAGUCAAGAGCAAGAAGCUAACAGUAAAUGAGAGUACAGAACAAUUAGAAUGAAUUUGAGAGAGAUGAGGACAAAAAUGAAGAUGAUUUAAUUGAUAUGCAAGUUAAUAGGCUACUCAAGACAUUCGAUAAAAUAGAAGGUAAUAAGAAAACUCAAAUAAUAAGUAAUGAGAUAUGA